AGCUGUGUCCAAUCACAGCUGAUCAGUGAUCAUCAGGGCACUGAUGAUCAGUGUGGCCCCAGAAGUGCCAUCUGUCAGUGUCCGACAGUGCCAGCUGUCAGUGCUGAACAGUGCCACGUGCCAGUGCCCAUCAGUGCCACAUCAAUGCCACAUAUCAGUGCCCAUCUGAGCUGCCUUUCAGUGUCACCCAUCAGUGCCAGUCAGUGCCACCUAUCAAUGCCAAUCAGUGCCACCUAUCAGUGCUGCCCGUCAGUGCCGCCUAUCAGUGCCCGUCAGUGCUGCCUAUCAGUGCCCGUCAGUGCCGCCUAUCAGUGCCAGUCAGUGCCACCUAACAGUGCCAGUCAGUGCCGCCUAUCAGUGCCAUAUAUCAGUACUGCCUUUCAG